AUAUUUUUUUUUUUAUGUCCCGAAUUCCAGAAAUAUCUGUCAAGAAUUCGAAACGGAAAAUAAACCACAUUAUGGAGACGGAAAUACACGUGCCUGUGGGGUCGCCGGUAAUUCGAAAAUUCCCGAUUUUCGUGGAGGAACAUAACGUAACCGAUGGGGCAAUGAAGCUGAUAAAGCAGCUUCGGCCAGCGUGGGACAUAAACCAUGUCAAGACCAAGGUAAGUUUGACAUCUCUCCACUGAAUGAUGCGCCAAUACAUCAUCAUCAAUAGAUAGCUAACUAAAGUUAGCAUAACUAUUAGACCAGUCCAGGGCCCUUGAUAUAUUCCUCGUCCCGUGCAUACAUUUAAAACAUGUAUUUCGUGCAUCACACUGGCUUCUCUUGUAUUUAGUUACUUAGUUUGCAGUUAUUCAAGCUGAGAUCAAAGCUAGUGGUGUUCGCAAGCUAGUUAACCACGUUAGAUUGGUUUCGUCCUGGGUGUAGCAGCCAGUAGCUAACUAGCUAGCUGUCACUACUCCAACCUUGGAGUCUUUAGGUCGAAUCAAAAAGGAAUAUUCGUGUCUGUAUUGUGUGUUCCAUGGAUACAUUGACAGAAAAGUCAUACCUCUCCCUUCUUCGUGUGGUUUUCCGGCAGACUAGACGCUUUGUUGCGUAUUGCUGCCUUUCACAGUUUGGAAAGUGCAUUACACAUUUGUUCACAAGAAAAUAAAUUGCACCUAGAUAGAUAACUCUCUCUCUCUCACUCUCACACAAAAACCCUACUUGGCCCCAACAGAUCUUACACCAGGCCAUCGGCCUGGGAGGCUACAACCCCUUCUCUCAAAACCGCUUGUAGUUUUUCUGCAUUACAAUCUCUGAUACCCAAAAACCUCUCUGCUGCUGCUGCUACUACCAAUUCAAUCUUCUUGGAUUUCCUUUCCAUCUGUGCUGUACAAUCAAUGAUCAUAGCAAUAAACGGCAAGUAGCCAACCUUACUAAAGCACAAACUGUUCGGGUCACUCUGUACUGGCCUACUAGUCACAGGGAUCCUCUCAGGCUCCCUCACCAUUUGCCCACCAUCCUCUACUUUCCUCACUGCCUCAGCAUGACACUUUCUGCACUGCUCUCACCCUAGAAAUGUCAAUCUGUCUCACUUGCACAGGACAUUUUGGAUCCGCACCCCCACAAUUGAAACUCCACUUUUUACCCCAAAACUCCACACUAUUUUGUCCUAUGCUCUCCUGCACACUUCUCACACCUUGGAAUCUCCAUCCUACAUACAGAAUGGCUGCAACAUGACCAUAAACUUGCCACCUAAAACAGAGUAGUGGGUUCAGAAAAAAUGCUCUCACGGGAUAACUUCUAUACCCUAGCAUGACUAUAUCCAGCAAACACUCUGCAUCAAAACUCAGGACAGACAGGGUCUCCUCAGUCUGCGUCGCACCAAACGGCAUGCAUCACACACACCAGGUAUCCCCAACUUCAGUUGAUCCACCUUAACACUCAACCCCACCCCAGUUAUCACUCCUUUCAGUGGCGCUCUACUCCGGAGAUCAAAGUAGGACACUGCUUUCGUCCCGAGACUCGAAACGCAUAGCGCCCUCUCCCUCUAAGCAGCAGACACACCUCUGGAUACUUUAACCGAAUUGACAGAACCCAUCUCCUUCUUCACCCAGUCUGAUACCACAAACAGAUCGGCCAAAAGGCAUGGAUCCACUUUUUCCAUGAAUCGUACUCCCCCUGGGCCAGAGUCAUAUCUGGCAUUUUCCUGAUCAUUGGGUGGCUCGUAAGCCUUCACCUCACCUGACGUCGCAGGUCCUUUCUCCUCACUUUUGUCAGGAUCAAUUUCAAGUUCAGUCUGUAGACUGGUCAGGGUCUUCUGGCACGUAACAUGCAUUUUUCUCUCCUGUACUUGACCCAAAGGAGAAAGUACUCGGCUUGUAUUUGUCGGUUCGGGUUUGCACCUCGCGCCUUUCUUUUUGCCUCGCUGCUUCUCGCCAUCUGCCCACUUCCAUGCCCGGUCCUCGGACAUGACUUACAUCUCCGUUUGGGACUUCAGGAAACUCAGUAUCGAGUCGCCCGCUGAUGCCAUGUUCCCUCCUUUGAUUGCUUUUAGAACUGAACUGAUUCCAAAUUAAACAAGACUCUCAGAAGCACAGUGCAUAUUUCAUGUCUGAAGGCCUUACCAUUGCUGAAAUUACAAUUUGUGUAAUCUGUGGUUAAUAUCCGGUCGUAGGUUCAAUUCUAAAUGCUGCCUCAAUUGCUGCAUGUUCCAAAGAACCUCAGGUUUAAAUGUAUUAAAGUUUAUUUUAGUAUCACCAAAUCGAUAGAACGAGAGCAGGAGACGAAGGGCUCAGUGAGAGAGAACAUCUCCGCCUUAUCCAAGCAGAACGCCCCACUCUCUCCCUCAGUUAGCUAACGGUGGCUAGCUAGCUAAACAGCUUGUUCACCUACUUGUGGUAAAUCUACGAUCACUUCAACAAUUCAGCAUGAAAUGUUGAUAGCAGCAUAGCAAAAUGUUCAUUAGAAUGUAGUUUUCUCCACAAAACUCCUCCUAGUCAGUCAACUUGUAUACUUUGAGUUGGUACUCAAAUAGUUUAUGAUUGGACAAGAUAACACCUCUAAAUGGACGAAUGUGAAAGCAGUAUUUUCAGGAGAGCAGGAAAAGUGGUUGUCAGAAGCAUCAAACGGUUCUGGCCCCACUGAUUGAGGGAGCUCCUUCGAUAUCAGAGAGACAUGCUCACAAACGAUUUAUCAGACGUUAACAUUUACACACGUUGUUCACAACAUAUUAAGGAAGAUAUCUAUGCAAAAAUAUUUCCAUUUAAUUCACAGUUGAUCAGAAUAUCAUAAUUUAUCAAGUGAACACCAGAGUGGACAGUCAAAAUCUCCUAGCUAGCUAUCUCAUUUGCAUUCCCCACUGCCUCAAUAGCUUCAUGUAAAUACAGGAACUUUGAAAGCUUUCCUCUCAGAUAAGAUGGACAGGGUAGUGGCAAAACUGUGUGCGUGUCCAGAGGAUUUUAGUACCCUGUGAGUCACCCAUUGUCCGAUGACGACGUCAUAUCCCCAUCCAUAAUUGCCUCACUCCUGACCCCCGACACACUCCUAACUUUUGGCUUCACGCACACACCCACAUAAGACACAACUCACCUCAACUACACACACACACACACACACACACACACACACACCUCAAUCUCAUCUCAUCUCCAUACCAACUGGAGUUGAUGUCCAUUGAUAGACCAAGCUAGGUCUAUUUAUUACCCUGUUUGUGUGAAUGACUGUGUGUGAUGUCUGCCACGUUUAGGGUUCCUGUAGGGGAAAGGGGAAAUGCAUUAUUCACUGGCACUAAGCAGUAGGUAGGCCUGCUAUUGGGUGAAUCUUGUCUCUUGACAAAGUGUCAGCUGUUUUAUGGCAAUGUGUUGAUAUGUGACGUAUGAUGAUGACACUCAUGCUACAUGACACACUGGUUUCAUUCGGGCUUUGUAGAGCUGGGACGAUAAACCGGAAAAUUACCCGACACCGUUUACAUCGGUAAUUUUCUGUGAUUUUGCUACACAACAUUCCUGUAGAUUGUUCUAACACCAUUAUUUGGUCAACAGUAAUGGCAUAUGCAUUAUGUUGAUUCCUACUAUGAAAGUAUCUCUGUCCCUGUUUGGCUGUCGACUGCUGACUCUCACUCCCUCUCCCCACUGUGCGCACGGAGGAGGGAGAGAUGCAUUCUGAGAAGCACAAGCAUGACUGUUGCUAAAAAUGCUAUUGCGGGAAAAAUGCAGUUUUCAAAGCAACUGCUGUUGUUCUGGAACGUUUUUGUAGGACAUUAGCCUACAUUUACUGAUAGCCAUGUAGUCUAAUUGAUCAAUCUAUCUAGCAACAAUGUCAUAUUUAGAGUUAGCAAUCUAGCUAAGUGUUUUGAGUUCCCACUUCCUCAGGUGGUGAAUAAUGUAGCCUAUAGGCCAAUAUGCACAAAGAUGUCGGCAAAUUCUUAUGGUUGUGGUGAGAAAUGUGUCAAUUUAUCACAAUCUGGAUUUUUGGCCAUAUCUCCCAGCUCUAGGGCCUUGCUAGUGAGACUAACUUCCCACUCCUCGACUAGUGCUGACAAACUUACACAUGUCUAACUACCCAGUCAUUCUGGGUUGUUUUGUACAUUGAGGCCAGAAUGUGACUGUGUCUCAGCUGAAUGUUUACCUGUGUGUGUGUGUCUAGUCCCUCCCUGUCCCCCCCUGCUGCCCUGUGACUGAGAACGUGACACUGUUGACCUCCCAACACAGCUUUUCUCAAUGGGAGCCACCCAAACAGGCUUUGUCCCCCUGCCUUUGUCCCUGUAACCCACUACAGCCCCCCCCCAGACAUGGACACGUGCCAACUGAGAGAGAGAGAGAUGGAGGACAAACUGAGCGAGACUGGGAGGACAGACAGAGACGGAGAGCUGGGAGACCGAGAGAGAAACUAGUUGGAGAGCAGUGAAGGUGGGAGGGGAGGGGGGGUUACUGGAACUGACUGAGCCACCUGGACAGGAUUGGGAGGGGGCCGGGGUGCUUUUUGUUACUGUAAAUAUCUAGUGUCCAGUCCCAAACAUCCUGCCCUCUGUCCCUACAAACACCAGAACCUGCCAACACCGACACCCCAGUCACAUCCCAUUCCCUUCACCUUUGACCUGCUUAUUAUCACACAUUAAUGCCAUGUGGCCUUCUGCCAAUUCUGAUGUGGGUGUGCAAGAGAUAUUUCGUAACUUUUGCGUGUUUGAUUGUCAAUGGCCUCAUCAAUGGAUAGAAACUGAGAGAAGGGUUCAGUCUCAACAGAGAAGAUCAAUGCUCUGGAGAAGGUUUUCAUUUGAGCCAAAGCUUUUAAGCGUAGCCACAAUAAAGUGAUGGCCUACUAAGAUAUGCAGACGUUUUGUUCUCAUUCAAAGAACAUGUCACCUAAAACAGAAUGUUCAUUAAUAAUUACCCCAGUUGUGUUGGAGCUUAUUGCCUGUGACACAUGGAGAAACUCACACACACUGGGGCACGAUGAUCACAGGUCUUAGUGGUGCGUUGUGUUCUGGGUAUGUGUAGACUGUCACGGGAUAAAUAAAGCAGUCACAAAGCGGUGUACGUGUGUGUGGUCAUAACACGGUGCCCAUGUGCCCAUCUCUCUGGUCAACCAUGCUGGGAAUGCCUGCUAUGUAGGGGUGGGCGGCCAGAGAGAGGGCCAGUGUGUAUAGGGCUAGUCGCUCUGUGGUCUCUAGCUGUGGGGAUGGAUAUCUGCUGACUGUCAAAUCACUAGUCCGGAUUGUCCACAAUCCAGAAUAUGGUCAGUUAUUAGCCAUUGGGUGGAUCUCAAUGGUCUGAACUGGUUGGAAAGGAGAUGGGGAAAGAAAGCCACACUUAACUAAAGACUACAUAUGCAGACCAUGAGUUCCUGUGUGUUACUUUCUCCCCCAACAGUAGUCAUUGAAUGAAGUGGCUCACACUGGUAAUGCAAACAGCUUCCUUGUCUGGGAGACGUUAAACAAGUAGCCUAGCUGUAAAGCCCUUGCCCUUUGGCCCAGUUGUCCAGCUUCAGUGUAACCCAUAAUACUGUAACUGUGUCUUAUCUCAGCUCACAAGAUAGGCUAGUCAGACCUUCGAGGAAAUCACUGUUGUGACUCCCUCAACCUUCUCAUGGUCAUCUAGGCCUACGCUUCCUGAUAUGAUUCCUGACAAGGACAGGCUUGUGCCUCAAAUGACCUAGUGACAGUAAACUAGAGUAGAGUCAACUAAACUAUACCUUCACUGUUGGGAAAGGGGCAUACCUAGUCAGUUGUAUUACUGAAUGCAUUCAACUGAAAUGUGUCUUCCACAUUUAACCCAACACCCUCUAAAUCAGAGAGGUGCGGGGGGCUGCCUGAAUCGAAAUCCACGUUAUCAGCGCCCGGGGAACAGUGAGUUAACUGCCUUGCUCAGGGGCAGAACGACAGAUUUGUACCUUGUCAGCUCGGGGAUUUGAUCCAGCAACCUUUUGGUUACUGGCCCAACGCUCCUACCCGCCAGGCUACCUGCUGCCCCUACUGAUGCAUUUUGCUGUAUUAAUCUCUCCCUCACUCCCUACCUUUCUCAGCUCUUCACUGAUGGGACCACUAAUAAGCUGGUGGGUUGUUAUGUGGAUGCCAGUCCAGAAGACGUGGUUCUGGUGCGUGUGUACGGGAACAAGACGGAGCUGAUCGUCGACCGAGACAACGAACUCAAGAGCUUCCAGGUGCGCACACACGUUCUCAAGAGCUUCCUGGUUCUCAAACACACACACACAUAUAUAUAUAUAUAUACACACACACACACUUUACAGUUCACACAUUUGACACUUCAGAGCAUUUCACGAUCAAACUCAGGAACAAAGUGCAUCUACACUGGUAGCGAAGUUCAACUCCCUGUGCAUGGACCCAUAUGGAGGCUACUUCCUGGUCUGUCUUAUGAGGUCAUCUGUGUCUAAUCCUUUGCAUGUCUUUCCAGGUGCUACAUGCUAAUGGCUGCGCGCCACGCCUCUACUGCACCUUCCAGAAUGGCCUCUGCUACGAGUUCAUGCAGGGGGACGCUCUCGGAACACAGGACGUCAGGGACCCUACUUUACUCAGGUGAGGACAUUUACUAGAAAACCAUCUUCAAGCUGAUCCUGGUAUCUGUCUAGCCUGCAGGGAAAGCCUGCUUUGAUGUGUAAAUAUACACACCCUCAAUACAAGCUCCUUGAGGAGAUAGAUAGCUAGGAGUUUAUAGUGCACUCCACUGCACUGCGUGUGCUCAUUCAGGUCCUGUCGCACCUCUCACUGUCUGCUCUGCUGGAUUUAGGGUUUAGUUGGAGUUCCAUGUUAACAGCAGAGAGAACAUGGCAAUGGUGUGGUGCUCCCCUGUUCUACCAGCAGAGAGGUUAGCUGACUAUUACUGAGUCCAGAGGGACUGAUGAGUCUCUAGGCAGUACUAAGCCCUGUUGGCUGCACCAUGGAACUACAAUAAAACUGUGUAUAGUAAACACCAGAAAAAGGUCAGAUAACAGUCAAGUACAUUUAUUUUUCAUUGAUCAGAACAGGAUGCAGGACACAAACAUAUUUUGGGGGAUAGGAGUCAUUUUGCAAUGAGCAUGUUGUCUAUUAUUUCAUCAUACUUGCAGAAUGAUGAGUAUUGAGUAGUGUGUGUGUGUGUGUCCUCAGACUGAUAUCCAGGGAGAUGGCUCGUAUCCAUGCGAUCCACGCACACAACGGCUGCAUCCCCAAACCCAACCUGUGGAUCAAGAUGAGGAAAUAUUUCUCUCUGGUCGCCACCGAGUUCACCGAGCAAGCCUCUAACGCCAGGUAAGAGGAACCUGAACACACACAAUACUCUGUACCAGUUCACCUGAACACACACACACACACACACACACACAGACUGUAGAGAAACCAGACUGAAGUUACACACACACACACACACACACACACACUUUGGCCCUCUUACUCAAUAAGGUAUUUUCUUAAAACGGUUUACUGUUCAUACAUGCGCUGGCCAGCUGUCUCCCAGUCCUGUCCUCAAUGGCUGUGUCUGCCUGGGUCUGCUAUUCAUUCCUCUAUACAGGCUCUUAUAUAAGUGUGAUCAUAACUACAGCGCAGGGUAGAGGUGGAUUAGGGAGGCGGAGGUAUGCACUGGGAUAACAGAUGUUUGCAUACCACUUAUCAGCAAGCCUAGAACGCCUGGGUAAUGUAGCGAGCUAAUGCGUCAUUCAGCCUGCCUGCCUGCACUGUACAAACAAACACGCACACACGUAGACUCAACAACUGUGCCCCAGCCAGCACUAUCAGAGGAGGCUUCUGUCUUCUUGUGGGUGGGUACUGGCUGCUCCUAUACCCAGCCAACAGCAGAGAACUGGGCAGGCAGGGAGAAGCUGGUUGAGGCUCUGUUGGCGAGAGGUGGCCUGGGUAGAUGGACCUCAGUGGGGAUAGGCCAUGGGGAGGGAGCAGCAGCAGUUGGUGGUAGGUUACUGUUAGUAUGGAGCAGUCCAGCCAGUAUUAGCUGUUGCUGUACUACUAAUGGAAGAAGGUUAGAGGUGGGAGUCCCUGGAUAGAGGGUUGAGUUAACACAAUGGGAGUCAGUCAAUCUUCCUCUCCUCUCUUCAGGCUAACUCUGGAUUAACCCUUUAAGCCCAUUACCACAGGAGAGCGGCCCUUUCCCCUCAGCACUGCUCCACUGGGCACUCUGACUCUACACAGUGUAUACAUACACACACACUCCGUGUCUGAUUUUAAACUCUAUCCUUUUAGGAUAAAGACUAGCAAUAGGGGCAACCUACUCCCCACUUCCUCCUACCUCUCCCUUCCUCCUGUCUCCCCCCAUCUCUCCAGGAUCCAGCAGGAGGUGCCCAGCCAGGCAGUGUUGGAGCAGGAGAUGGUGUGGAUGAAGGAGCACCUGUCUCAGCUGGGUUCUCCUGUGGUGCUCUGUCACAAUGACCUCCUCUGCAAGAACAUCAUCCACAACAGCAAAGAGGGUGAGAUAUGUCAUCAAUUUAGAACAUCACCCAGAUGAUCAUCCACAAACUCACAUCAUCCACUUAUAACAUCAUCCAAAUGUUACUAAUUCCAACCUUUCCUUGUUCUCCAGGCCAUGUCCGAUUCAUAGACUAUGAAUACUCUAGUUACAACUAUCAGGCCUUUGACAUCGGGAACCACUUCAACGAGUUUGCCGGUAAGAGGAGAUACAUGGGCUGUAUCUUAGACAUGACAUGCAGUGUGUGUAUGCAGUGCAUUCGGAAAGUAUUCAGACCCCUUUACUUUUCUACAUUUUGUUACGUUACAACCUUAUUCUAAAAUGGAUAAAACAUGUAUUUAAAAAAUCUCAUAAAUCUACACACAAUACCCCAUAAUGACAAAGCGAAAACAGGCUUUUAGACAUUUUAGCUCAUUUAUAAAAAAUAAAAAACAGAAAUACCUUAUUUACAUAAGUAUUCAGACCCUUUGCUAUGAGACUCAAAAUUGAGCUGAGGUGCAUCCUGUUUCCAUUGAUCAUCCUUGAGAUGUUUCUACAACUUGAUUGGAGUCUACCUGUGGUAAAUUCAAUUGAUUGGACAUGAUUUGGAAAGGCACACACCUGUCUACAUAAGGUCCCACAGUUGACAUUGCAUGUCAGAGCAAAAACCAAGCCAUGAGGUCGAAGGAAUUGUCCGUAUGUUGAGGCACAGGAUUGUGUUGAGGCACAGAUUUGGGGAAGGGUACCAAAACAUUUCUGCAGCAUUGAAGGUCCCCAAGAACACAGUGGCCUCCAUCAUUCUUAAAUGGAAGAAUUUUGGAACCACCAAGACUCUUCCUAGAGCUGGCCGCCAAACUGAGCAAUCGGGGGAGAAGGGCCUUGGUCAGGGAGGUGACCAAGAACCCGAUGGUCACUCUGACAGAGCUCCAGAGUUCCUCUGUGGAGAUGGGAGAACCUUCCAGAAGGACAACCAUCUCUGCAGCACUCCACCAAUCAGGCCUUUACGGUAGAGUGGCCAGACGGAAGCCACUCCUAAGUAAAAGGCACAUGACAGCCCACUUGGAGUUUGCCAAAAGGCACCUAAAGGACUCUGACCAUGAGAAACAAGAUUCUGUGGUCUGAUGAAACCAAGAUUGAACUCUUUGGUCUGAAUGCCAAGCGUCACGUCUGGAGGAAACCUGGCACCAUCCCUACAGUGAAGCAUGGUGGUGGCAGCAUCAUGCUGUGGGGAUGUUUUUCAGCGGCAGGGACUGGGAGACUAGUCAGGAUCGAGGGAAAGCUGAACGGAGCAAAGUACAGAGAGAGCCUUGAUAAAAACCUGCUCAGGACCUCAGACUGUGGUGAAGGUUCACCUUCCAACAGGACAACGGCCCUAAGCACACAGCCAACGCAACGCAGGCGUGGCUUCAGGAAAAGUCUCUGAAUGUCCUUGAGUGGCCCAGCCAGAGCCCGGACUUGAACCCGAUCAAACAUCUCUGGAGAGACCUGAAAAUAGCUGUGCAGCGACGCUCCCCGUCCAACCUGACAGAGCUUGAGAGGAUCUGCAGAGAAGAAUGGGAGAAGCUCCCCAAAUACAGGUGUGCCAAGCUUGUAGCGUCAUACCCAAAAAGACUCGAGGCUGUAAUUGCUGGCAAAGGGGCUUCAACAAAGUACUGAGUAAAGGGUUUGAAUACUUAUGUAAAUGUAAUAUUUCAGUUUUUUAUUUUGAAUACAUUUGCCAAAAUGUCUAAAUACCUGUUUUUGCUUUGUCAUUAUGGGGUAUUGUGUGUAGAUUGAUGAGGGGGGGAAAAAACGAUUUAAUCCAUUUUUGAAUAAGGCUGUAAUGUAACAACAUUUGGAAAUGCACUGUAUAUAAUAUGUGUGUGUGUGUGUGUUAACCUGUGUGUUUUCAGGUAUGAGUGAGCUGGACUAUGGGCUGUAUCCUAGCCGUGAGAUGCAGCUGGAGUGGUUGCGUGUGUAUCUGCAGGCGUACAAACUGUCCACUAAGAAAGGAGAGGAGGUCAGCGACAGAGAGCUGGAGACUCUCUACGUACAGGUCAACAAGUUUGCCCUGGUGAGGAACACUCCGCAUCGUCUCUCUCACCAUCAGAUGAGUUGGUAGAUGCUGGGCUGAAACUUGUAUUAGUUUGACCCUGUCUAACCUUUGACCUCUUUCUGUAGGCAUCACACUUCUUCUGGGGCUUCUGGGCACUCAUCCAGGCAAAGUACUCCACCAUCGAUUUUGACUUCCUGGGGUAAGUGUGUUUGUGUGUGUAAUGGUACCCUGUGGAGUGAUGUUAAAAGCUGUUGGUUGGCUUGUCUGCCUGUGGUGCAUGUGAGUGAAAGGGAUCUUUUAAUGUGGGUGACAGACUGAAAGACAAACCCAGCAGCACAGUCAAACUCUGUGGUACAGCACAGUUUCCAAUACACACAGUUUCCACAAACACACACACUGAGAAAGCAGACCGGUAGAGAAAGAGGCGAGAGAGGGCCUGAGAAAAUAGUGGGAGAAAGGAAAGAUGGAGUAGAGAGUGAGAGCGGUCUUGUCUUGACUCUGCCCUCCUCGGGGCCUGCAGAGUUGAAACUGACCCUGGUGGUUUCAGUGUCUGCAACCCAAUCAGUCCUGCAGUGACGACAGAGCUGUCCCCCCGGUCACUCUCAGUGCCGCUGCCUGUAUGAAUGACAUAUUGCUCUUGACAGUUUAACAGCCAGUCAAUGGGAGCUGUCUGGGCUAUUGUUAGGGCUGCUAUUGGAUAGUUGGUGCUCUCAUUAAGUCAAAAUCGAUGUUUAAAACUCUCUUCCGCUCUCUUUCAACACUUCCUUCCCCAUCUCUCCCUCUUUCUCCCUCCACCUUUCCCCCCAUCUCUCCUGCAGGUAUGCUGUGCUGCGCUUCAACCAAUACUUCAAGACCAAGCCUGCAGUGAUGGCCCUACAGAUCCCAGAAUGAGCAGAGAAGGAGAAGACGAGAGAAGAAGAGAGGACCCCAUCACUGGCACUGACCAGGGAAGGGCUGUGCUGGGGUAAAAGGGUUGGGCUAGGAGCUGGGGCUUGGGGAUGAGGGGCAAGGGUUGAGCGUUAAUACUGGG